UACAAGAUUAGAACAUAAAGUAAAAACAAAAAACUUCUUUAAAGACAUUUUAGUCCUCGAGCCGUUCAACAUGUUGGAAAGAAUUGAAGAAAAGCCACCUUUUAAAAAUUCCCUGGUAAAGGGUCUUAAACAAACUUAUAGGGAGUUUUGCGCCAACACCUCCAUACAUGGCUUUCAAUAUUUUGGACAACAUCGGCCCCGCAAAGAAAUCAUCUUUUGGCUGUUGGUGUUUGUGAUCACCAUUUACUUUUGCAGCUCCAUCAUUGUAAGGAUCUAUGUGAAGUGGCAUGAGUCACCAGUGAUAGUGACUUUCUCGGAUAAACCCACGCCCAUAUGGAAUAUACCCUUCCCAAGGGUUACCAUAUGUCCGGAAGCCAAAAGAACCAUGAACAAGACAGUUGAUGACAAUUAUUUACAACUUAUGAAGAAAUUGAAAACUUUUCUCAAACAGGAUGGAAAGUUCAAUGAAAAUUUUAAUGAAUCCCAACUUGAGGAGAGCUUGACUUUAAAGCAGAUAUGCCUCUCGGAUGUCAUUGAGUUGGAUGACAUUGCCCAACCCUUAAGGCCAGCCAUCAAUUAUAUUGACAUUCUGAACAGAAUGCAACCAAGUGGCAGCAAAUACUUUUUAUCAUGCUCCUGGUUUGGGGAAACCCUGUUCUCCUGCGAGGAACUCUUCACCAAAGUGUACACCGAGGAGGGCAUUUGUUAUGCCUACAACGGUCUGAAAGCGGAUGACAUGUAUCGUGACGAGGUGCUGAAAAGUCAACUGCGAAACGAACCCAAGGCCAGCAGUCCCUUGGAGUGGACCCUCCAGAAGGGCUAUCCUGCCCAUGGUGAGUUGCACACAUAUCCCGCCCGACUUUUAAGUUCGGGCUAUACAUCAGGCCUUGAAGUGUUUUUGGUAAGUUACCCCGAUGAAGUGGAUUCCACUUGUAAUUGGGCCAUGCCUGGCUUCAAGAUUUCACUCAACUCUCCCGACGAGGUGCCUAUAUUGGCCAAGCAUUUUGUGCCCAUAGCCGGGGAUAAAAAGAUGCUGAUUGCCAUCAAACCCAAAAUGAUAACCACCUCUGUGGAUGUUGCGGCCUAUGAUGCACGCAAGCGACGAUGUUUCAUGAAUGAGGAACGCCAUUUGAGGUUCUACAAAAUCUACAGCCAGAAUAACUGCGAACGUGAGUGUCUUACCAACAUAACCUACAGCCAGUGUGGAUGUGUACACUUUGCAAUGCCACGAUUCCAGGGUACUGCGGUGUGUCAUGAGGACAAAAUGGACUGCAUGAUAAAGAGCGAGAAGCAGCUGUUGCUAAAACAUUUCCUGGACAAUUUACAAGGUGAAGAGCAGAGCUUUGAGAAAUCAAUCGAUAAUUGUAAUUGCCUGCCUGCUUGUACUUCGCUGGAGUAUGAGACCGAAAUUACCGAGGCUAAUUUUGAUUUCGUCAACAUACUGAGAGACAAUGAUCUGUACGAAGAUGAAACUGUGUGGGCAAAGUUUUCCAUUCUUUCGAUUUACUUCAAGGAGAGUGAAUUCAUCACCUCCCGACGUUCCGAACUGUAUGGUGUCACCGAAUUGCUGGCUAACUUUGGCGGAGUUGUUGGCCUUUUCAUGGGCAUCUCCAUAUUGAGUGUGGUGGAAAUUGUUUAUCAUUUCACGCUUCGUUUGUGGCAGAAAAUCUCCUCUAUGGCAGAGGCUAAUUAG